AUGCAAUCGAUGACUGUUCCGAGAAAUAAUUUGAAACAGCAACUUCAAUGGUACGAACAAUAUAGGAAAGAACGGCAAAAACGAUCUGAAGUAAAUUUUGAGACAUAUAUCUGGGAACAAAAUACGAAACGUAGGUGUCAUCAACAGUCUGCCGAGCGAGACAUGAAUUUUACGUCUUUACAAGAAAAAGAAAACACGUUACCAUCAUCUUGCGAGAAUGUUACAAGAAAAGAUCUACAUUCUACGUCAUCCUCAAAUAUAAAUUUGAAUUCUAAUGAAGUGAAAGAGAUAAAUCAAAUUACUGAUCUGAAGGAUGAUAUGGAUAUACAAGACUGGUUAGUUGACCUAGAACCACUUGAUCCAAUGGAAAUAAAAGCUGAAAUCGAAGAAUGGACGCGUAGCAGUAAAUUCUCCGCCAAUAAUUCGAAUAUCGCGUCAAAUGAUGAAAUUGUAACAUCUGAUCUAUCAAUAAAUACCGUAAACGCACCGAUAACGGCAUUGAAUACGAUCGAACAUUUUGCAAUACUAUGUGAUGAUGUAGAUGCUUGUCUAAAUUUCAGUUGGCCUGAGGACAAUCAUGACCUUCUUAAUAUGUCACUUACCGAAUUACAGCCUUUGCUAGUUUCAGUUAAAAUUAUCAAAUGCAAAAUCUCUGAAGAACUAUAUGAAAUUGUUGAAGGGGAUAAAAAAUAUGAUAAUUCAAGAGUCUCUUUGUUAAAAAUUACUCGAGCAAAUUCAAAAAAGCGGAUUGGAGCAAUACAGCAAAGAAUACAACAAAUAGAAUGUGACACAAUGGGAUCAUUUGUGUCAUCAUCAUCCACCGAUUUCGGUUCUCGCUUGUCUGAAUCCGUAGAAAAUGAUACUCCAACUAUAGAUCGUGAUUCUGCAACCGUUAUUUCGACAUCGUCGUAUUUCGAUAAAGAUGAAACCACUCAAUCAUCAACAGAUUCACCUGUUUAUCGUGUACUACAUGAUACUUUCAAAUUGGCUACGUUUCGUCAGAAUCAAUUGAAAGCUAUCAAUGCUGCUCUAAAUGGUCAAGACGUCUUUGUUUUAAUGCCAACUGGCGGAGGCAAAAGUCUUUGUUAUCAACUGCCAGCGGUUCUAGACAAUCAAAGAUCUCACAAAAUAACGAUAGUUAUAUCUCCUUUACUAUCACUGAUACAAGACCAAAUCUUGCGAUUAAAUAGUCUCGGAAUUCCAGCUUUAGAUUUGCAAGGGAAUCAAGAUCUAGAUCGCAGAAAUUUAAUAUUCUUUGAAAUGCAAAAGGCCUCACCUAGUCUUGUUUUACUUUAUUUAACACCUGAGAUGUUGGGAAAAAGCAUAAAAGCUAUUGAAUCGAUUCAAUCACUUUAUAAACGUGGACUUUUAGCUCGGUUCGUAAUCGACGAGGCUCAUUGUGUAAGUCAAUGGGGUCAUGAUUUUCGUCCUGAUUAUAAAGAUUUGGGCCAGUUAAGAAAAAAAUUUCCGGGCGUGCCAAUGAUGGCACUCACUGCAACAGCGACUAGCAGAGUAAAAGAAGAUGUGAUACAUAACCUACGCAUGGAAAACUGUGAAAUUAUCACUCAGGGCUUCAAUCGGCCAAAUUUAAAUUACAAAGUUAUUAAAAAAAAUACAAAUUCUGAAAAGCAAAUUAUUGAGUUCAUUCAUUCAUCAGGCCAUGUACGUCAUUGUGGAAUCAUUUAUUGUACCUCUAAAGCUUCAUGCGAAGAAGUCGCGAAAAAACUCAGGUUGGCGUGCUUUAAAGCAGCAUUUUAUCAUGCUGGAUUAGACGCUGUAGAUCGGACACGUAUUCAAGACGAUUGGCAUUCAAAUAAAUAUAAAAUAAUUGUAGCAACUACAGCAUUUGGAAUGGGAAUAGACAAACCAGAUGUACGAUUUGUUAUCCAUCAUUCACUUCCUCAGUCGCUUGAAGGUUAUUACCAAGAAACUGGACGUGCCGGGAGAGAUGGAAAUCCGUCCAACUGUGUGCUAUUAUACUCAUAUUCAGAUAAACAUACUAUUGACAGAUUGAUUGUUCAUGGUGAAGGAAAUUAUGAACAAAAGCAGCAGCAAAGAGCUAAUUUACGGGAAAUGUUGAAGUACUGCGAAAAUCAGGUUGAUUGUCGACGUCAACAAAUCAUGGCGUAUUUCGGGGAACAAUUUGAUAAAAGCCAAUGCCAGUUCACUUGUGAUAACUGUAAAAAUGCACUUACACAACAAAGAUCAACGUACGAUGCGCAAAAAGAUGCUAAGUAUAAUCGACAUAAAGACGUGACGUUAACUCAAUAUGUCAAUAUACUGAAAGGAUCAAGCAGCAAAUCCACAGAAAAUGUAGUAAAAACAAAGCAACUUAUACUACCACCAAAUUUUAAAACAAGCACGCUUUCGACUAUCGAUGUAGAUAGAUUAAUAAAGUUGCUGCUACUUCAAGAUGUCCUUACCGAAAGAUAUCAACCAAAUGAAUAUGGAUCCGUGUAUUCAUAUAUUGAGCUUGGACCCAAUGCGGAAGCAUUGCUAAAAGAAAAAUUAAAAAUAGUACUCCCCCGCGUUGAGAAACAUAGUGCCGUUAAGAAGAAAAAUAUAACAAUAUCGCCUUAA